CAUUUAAGAAACUGACACAUUUCAACCAAUUUUGUAAAUUGUGUUGAAUAUAGUGCACACCCUCACGCUAAGAAACACAUUAAAAAAAUGCCUCCCAAGCCAGCCGUUAAAGCAGUAAAAAAAUCAGGUAAAGCCCAAAAAAACAUUACAAAGGGCGAAAAGAAAAGGAAGCAUAAGCGCAAGGAGACCUAUGCCCUCUACAUCUACAAAGUACUGAAGCAGGUUCAUCCAGAGACGGGCAUUUCUGCGAAAGCUAUGAAUGUCAUGAACAGCUUCGUUAACGAUUUAUUCGAACGGAUUGCUGCCGAGUCGUCCCGUUUAGCGCAAUACAAUAAGCGACGAACUAUUACCAGCCGGGAAAUCCAGACAGCGGUUCGAUUAUUAUUGCCUGGGGAGCUGGCGAAACAUGCAGUCAGUGAGGGGACGAAAGCAGUUACAAAGUAUACGGGAUCAAAGUAAGAUAACGUUGCGAUUGUGAAAUCAGUUGGGAUUUUAAUUAUUUAAAUAAAAAAUUAAAAUGGUGCG